AUGGACAUUGGGGCGAAGAACAUGGGGGAUUACUUACUCUUACGCCCAGUUACUAUAGGGUAUAAACAUCUAACUAAUGCUUAUACUAAAGCUAGAGUAAGUAGUUUUAUAGAUAAUAUUAGUACUCCUGUAACAAUAGUUAAUUAUGGCUUGCAAGGAAAUUAUACACAAACCAUGAAAAGUGUCUGGAGAUUCCUUAUUAAUACUACGUUUGGAAUAGGCGGUUUAUUUGAUGUAGCAAGUAAAAUGGGUUUAACAGUAACGCCCCAAUCCUUUGGUAGCACUCUUGCUAAUUAUGGGGUAGGGCCUGGACCAUAUUUAGUGUUACCAUUUUUGGGAGGGACUAAUGCCAGGGACAUUACUGAUUCUGUAUUUACAAAUACUUAUUUUAAUCCUAUAAUGCAUAUGGUAGAAGUUAUGAGAAAAAUUACUCUAUAUUUAAUAUUUUUAUGUUCUAUACCUGCCUUAGUUUAUGCUGCUGAUAUCGUAGAUAAAUAUGUCGAUCAAUUAGUAAAAGAUGGCUUAACUAUACUAAAUGAUAAUACUAUAAGUCAGGAGACAAAAGUUACUAAAACUAAAAAGUUAAUUUUAGCUAACCUGGAUCUUCCUUGGAUGGCUAAGGUUACUCUUGGAGGCUAUAGGAAAACCCUCACUCCUGAACAAGUUAGUAAAUUUACAGAAGCAUAUAGUCAUUAUGUUAGCAAAGCCUAUGCUAGUUUGGUAAAAAAUUAUCAUGGUCAAGAACCUAAAAUUCUGGAAGUAAAUUCAGUUUCUAAGGGAGAAUUUAUGGUGUCAAUGUUAAUAGAGACUAUUAAAGGGCCUAUUAAAGUAAAGUAUUUAGUACGUAAAGUUAAUGAGACUGAUAGUCACGCUAACUUUAAAGUAUCAGAUAUUAUUACUGAAGGUAUAAGCCUUAUCCUUUCUCAAGAAUCAGAAUUUACGAGCAUUCUAAGUUGUAGAGGUUUUGACGCUUUAAUCGAAGAGUUAACCAAAAAAUCUUAACCUCCUUAACAUGAAAAUUCUAGCGGGGCUUAGUCAUAAAAAUUUAGCACAAUCCUUAGCUAAGGAACUGAAUUGUCAAUAUAUAGAAGCCCAUACUACUAUUUUUGAUGA